CUGACUGGAGAUCAGUCCGUUUAGUAGCAAGAACAUAUUUAUGGCUUUAGCAACAUACAGAAUGCCACUUCUAAAGAUGCUGGGAAAUAGGGCGCAUUCAGUUGGACCUAUUUUGUUCUUAUUCCAUAACCUGUUCUUACGAAGUGUAGGAAAUGAUAUACAAAGCGAUUCAAACUUUGAUGGAGAACUCGAUAUCAUAAAAUGCCUCUUCUCCACACUAACAAAGAAGAAAAGGAGGGCAACAGAGGAAUAGGCUAAGAAGGGGGGAACCAUGGCGAAAUGGUCGUCAAUACAAGCGAAUACGUAUGGCUUUACCGUCAAACAUACAGCAAUUCGUUUGAGAUGUCUAGUGGAAAAAACAACUUCUCCAUUGAGACCACGUGUAUACGCCGUGUUAUGACGGGGCUGACAUCGAAGGAAUACAAUUUUACAGAAAUUGAUGUGAUGGAACUAACAAACAUCGGAGACAAUUAUACUGGAAUAUUUAUAUACAAUAGGAAAAAUCUAAUUCACAAUAUGCAUCCCCCGACAUCCAUGAACGUCUACGAAAGUGGAAGGACGAAGGCUGAUUAUCAGACAACCCUUGAAUACACGGAACCAGAUACUUACUCCUGCAGUGUAUUCACCGUAUAUUUCAUGAGUAACAAGAUCACAGAUGAUUUUCAUAAGUGCGAAAUGUACAUAAGAGAAAGUCACCUCGGAAGUGGACCCACAUCUGGCUGUGAGAACUACUUCAACCAAAAAUGCCGUGGCAAACAGUAUAUGCCUUACAUUUCUCAGUGUACAAAUAAAGGAAACGAUAUCUUGUAUAACUAAA